GGAUAAAGAAUUUGCAGAAAAGGAUACUUGUGAAACACGUUACCUAAAACAAUUUUACGUGUCUAUAUAUAUAUAUCUGUGUCCACAAAAAUUGAAAGCUGCACUUUGAAACCUACAAACAUCCCGUUUUAGCCUCUCUUACCUGAAACACAAGAAAUGGUUAAGGAUGUCGACGAUAAGGAGUCUCCGCCUGAUAUUGAUCAGAGGCUCUUUUUAAUUGGGUCUUCGUUCGGUAUAAAGUAUGGUUCAUGGCUUAAUGAAAAACCGAGUGAAUCUUCCUCUAAGGGUAAAAACAAGUCGUCUACAAACGGUGGUUCAUCAUCAGCAACUCCCGACACCAGUAAAGUAAGGCGAUCUAAGACGAGCCGAGUGGAGACGAGACCUGACCUUCCGGAUAAACCUAUUCGUGGUUUCGUAAACGAGUCCUUGUUCUUGAAGAACUUCUUGCUGAAGGGAAAGGGAUCCGAAGAGUUCAAGACGCUAGCGAUCGUGGGGAAGUUCGGAGUCGGGAAAACGACCUUGUGUCAGGAUGUGUUCAACGACAAAGACGUGAAAGAAGCUUAUCUCCCGAGGAUAUGGGUGUCCAUGUACAGCGAAGAAACUAAAGAAGGUGAAGGAGAUCAGAAGGUAGCUGUGCUGAAGAGGAUCUUGAGAUCGCUUGGAGUUGAAGAUGAGGCGCUUGACAGCAUCAGAACAGAAGCAGACGAAGAGAAGAGGAAAAACGCUGAAGAACGGAGAAGAGACGAAGAAAGGGUUGAAGAGAAGGAGCUCUUUAGGUUACUGAAUGCUCUUAACUCGAAUCUGUUUGGUAAGAAGUAUCUGGUCGUGCUGGACGAUGUCUGGGAGGAUAACGAGUGGAGUCAGAGGCUGGAUGGUGAGGAGACACCACAGGAGAAAACGCAUCUUUCUUGUGGGUUUCCUAAAGGGUCUGGUGGGAGAGUGAUUGUGACAAGCAGAGACGAGGGCCUGGCCAAGAAGAUAGUCGGAGAAGACGAGAACGUGCAGCGUUUGUUCCCGAGGUCAGACGUAGAGAGCGUGUGGGAGAUCUACAAAGAUGCAUUUGGAGAGCCCAUGAAAGAUGAAAAUGGAGAAGUCGUGAAAGAUGCAGCUGGAGUACCAAUGAAAGAUGCCGUUGAAAAACACGUGAUAGGUAAAGAUGGUAGGCCAACAAAAUGGGUAGUGAACCCGAGGUAUCCAGGGAGAUACAAAAAGGAGCUUAUGGAUAAGUCUGGUGGUGUUCCUUGGGCUGCUCAAAUGCUGGCGCAGAUUGAGCCUCUCAAAAAUGAUGAAGACAAGGACAUGUAGACAAACUUGUAAAGCAAGGAUGUAAUCUACUGCGUAUUUACUCUCUAGCCUAAGGACACAUUUCAAGAUUACUACUGUAUUUCAAGUUUUUUUUUUUUUCCUAGAAACUGUUGUGUACUUGUAACUCGUAAAAGUGUAAACCUCUGCUGGUAUUUGACAAUAAAAAAAAUGUAAUAAAGAGUUACAACACA